UACUCUGAGGACAUCAUGAUGCAAUGCCCAGCAAGCUCAGAGGAGAGGACAAGCAUAGGGGCAGGGCUGGGACUUCUCUUGUCCUGCACCCUCUUCAUUUUCCCUGCUGCGGGAGCAUAUACCAUGAGGCACAGCAGAGUCCGAGUGCUGGGCAGCCUGCUCCUUUUCUGCCUCCUGCACCUUGGACUGAGCCAUGACAGUGUUUUCCUUGGGCAGCAGCAGGCACUUUCCCUGCUCAAGCGCCCACGACGUGCCAACAAAGGAUUCCUGGAAGAGAUGCUCAAAGGAAACCUGGAACGGGAGUGUCUAGAGGAGAAAUGUAGCUACGAAGAAGCCUAUGAAGCCCUUGAGUCCACCGCUCUUGUGAGUGAAUUCUGGAAGAAAUACACGGUAUGUGAAUCCCAGAGGAAUCCCAGGACAGCUCUGGAUGAGUGUCUGAAAGGAAUGUGUGUGUCAGGCAGGGGGCAGAACUAUCGGGGAACAGUUUCUGUCACCAAGUCGGGGAUUGAAUGUCAGCUCUGGACAAGCAAAUUCCCUCACAAACCUGAGUUUAACACCACCACCCAUCCGAAUGGAAAUCUCACUAAGAAUUACUGCAGGAACCCAGAUGACAACCCAAAUGGCCCCUGGUGCUACACCCGAGACGCAACAGUGCGACGGGAGGAGUGUGCAGUUCCAGUCUGUGGUCAGGACAAGACCACCGUUCCAUUUAUUCCCCGGCCCUCUCCAAUAGACACAACGCAGCAGCCAUGUGAAACAGACAAGGGGCUGCAUUACAACGGGACUCUUUCAGUCACCACCUCUGGGAUCCGGUGUUUGCCAUGGGCCUCAGACAAGGCAAAGGCUCAGAAGCGUGCAACUACUUUUUUUCCGGAAGUGAAGCUGGUGGAGAAUUAUUGUCGGAAUCCCGAUGGGGAUGAUGAAGGUGUCUGGUGUUAUGUGGAUCAUCCAAAUACCACCUUUGAGUACUGUGACCUGCACUACUGUGAGAGCCCUCUGGAUGAGAUUGAUGAUGCAAUACUAGGGCGGACCAUUACCGAAGAGCACCAAACCUUCUUUGAUGUUAAGACUUUUGGUUCAGGUGAAACAGAUUGUGGCAUUCGUCCUCUGUUUGAGAAGAAAAAGAUUACUGAUAAGAGUGAGCAGGAGCUGUUGGACUCCUACGCUGGGGGCCGGAUUGUAAAGGGGGAAGAUGCAGAAGUUGGCAGUGCCCCCUGGCAGGUGAUGCUUUUCAGGAAGAGUCCUCAGGAGCUGCUCUGUGGUGCCAGCCUCAUCAGUGACCGCUGGGUCCUUACUGCUGCCCACUGCCUUUUUUACCCACCCUGGGACAAGAAUUUCACCACAGAUGACAUCUUGGUGCGGAUUGGAAAACACCAGAGAGCAAAGUAUGAGCGGAACAUAGAGAAAAUUGCCUUAUUAGAUAAAAUCAUCAUCCACCCCAAGUACAACUGGAAAGAGAACCUGGACCGCGACAUUGCACUGAUGCUCCUGAAGAAGCCCAUAGUUUUGAGUGACUAUAUCCACCCGGUCUGCCUGCCCACCAAGGAGCUUGUGCAGAGCCUGAUGUUGACAGGAUUCAAAGGGCGGGUGUCUGGAUGGGGAAAUUUGUAUGAGACCUGGGGCUCUGGCACAGCCUCCUUGCCCUCGAUUCUACAACAGGUGAAUCUUCCCAUAGUCAGCCAGGAUACCUGCAAGGCAUCCACUAACAUCAAAAUCACUGACAACAUGUUCUGUGCAGGGUACAGUCCUGAUGCUGCCAAGAGAGGGGAUGCAUGUGAGGGGGACAGCGGAGGCCCUUUUGUCAUGAAGAGCCCAACAACUAACCGUUGGUAUCAGGUGGGGAUCGUCUCAUGGGGAGAAGGCUGUGAUCGUGAUGGUAAAUAUGGAUUUUACACACAUGUAUUCCGCUUGAAGAAAUGGAUGCUAAAAACCAUCAACAAAUAUGGACAAUAAAGCAAGCAUCAGUUACCUCUCAUAUCUGCUUUGUUAGCAAGAUGAACCCUAAGGAAUCAAAAAUGGCUAGAGGUAUUCUCUGGAAACAUUAAUAAAGUGAUUGUAGCUGGGA